AUAAUUGAUAAGAUCCUAUUUUUGGUGUUUAAUGAUAUUGAUAAAAUGGUAAUGAUACCGCUGAAGGAAUUAAUUACAAGUCCUGAAACUCAAAGAUUUAGAAGAUAACUCAGUAAACCAAUUUAUUAUUUUUUACCAAAGGUAGUCUAUCAAAUGUCGAUUGUAAAAAUAUAACUGAUAAAAGAGCGAUAUUUAAGUCACUUUAACUAUUUUAUGAAAAUUCUAUUCAAUGUCAAUAUCUAAUCUAUUCAAAAGAACAUUUGUUAAUUAUUCGAAGGAUAUUAGAUUAUUUAAUGCUACUCUUAUGAAAGUAAAAGUUAUCAAUAGACUAGGUCUAAUUGACUAGUCCUGUAAAAUAACAGAUUCGUUAUUUAAUCUUUAAAUAUUAACAUAAUACUUAACGAAAUUUUUUAAUUAUUAUUUUUUAUAGAUAAUGUUCAAACCAAAUCAUGCAAAGAACUCUCAGCAUUACCCAGUUGUUCCUUUUGAACUCUGUUGUCUGCGGGCUCGAAUUUUGUGCAUCAGCCGCCUUCACAUAUAUUCCACCACUAUUACUCAAAUCCGGUCUCGAAGAACGUCAAAUGUCUAUUGUUCUCGGAAUCGGACCUUUAAUGGGACUUUUUCUAGUUCCCGUAAUAGGAAAGUCAUCCGACGCAUGCCAUAGUCGAUAUGGGAGGCGUAGACCUUUUAUACUGGGUUUGGGGUUUUUAUUAAUUUUUUCCUUAUUUUUUAUCGCAUUUACCGAUAACAUUUUAAACCUAUUUGUGGUUUCUGACGAAACUGGUGAAAGACUUGGUAUUGCCUUAUUGAUAAUUGGUGCAGUUUUGCUGGACUUUACUUCUCAAGUUUGCCUUACUCCGUGCGAGGCACUUUUGUCUGAUGCUUUAUCUCAAACUGGUACCUCGCAAGAAAGGGGCUUUAUGAUAUAUUCAAUAAUGAUUUCUGUAGGCGGUUGCGUUGGAUAUCUUGUUGCAGCUGUAAACUGGACAGAUUCAAUUUGGAGUACUAUUCUAGGAAAACAAGAAACUGCAGUAUUCUCUCUAUUAAUAUUUUUAUUCUCCAUUUGUUUGUGUUGUACUCUAAUGACUGUUCAAGAAGUGCCUGAUGAAACAAAUAGAGUAGAGAGCUUUAACAAUCGAGAAUAUCCAAAGAUAUUAAACAUCUCAAUAAGAUCUAUUCUAAAACUAUUUUCUGAGCCGAUCAGAGCAGUGAUUGGUUUGUGGAAGAGUGUUCUUCCUUCUUCUAUUGUCUUAAGGCGAUUGUCAUUAGCUCACUUCUUUUCGUGGUCUGCUCUUAUGGCGUUCAAUCUUUUCUAUACUGAUUUCAUGGGACAAGCUGUUUAUGGUGGAAACCCAAAUGCUCCCGAAGACUCUAACGAAAGGGCUCUAUACGACGAAGGAAUACGUAUGGGUAGUUGGGGUCUACUACUGCAUUGUAUAACAUCUGCUGUUUAUGCUAGUUUUAUCGAAAAAAUAACAACUAAAGCGGGUAAUAAGAAGACAUAUUUAGCUGGGAUAUUAUCGUUCAUUAUAUGUAUGUUGGUUAUGCUUCUGUUCCGUAAUAUCGUUAUAGUACUACUCUCCGCCGCCUUUACAGGAUUUGCCUAUGCAACUUUAACAACUGUUCCAUAUACUCUAGUUAAUACUUAUCAUUCUAGCAAGCAAAUUUUCUUUGCCGAUGUCGGUGGAUCGACUCCCAGAGGUAUUGGAGCUGAUUUAGCAACGCUCGAUAGUGCCUAUUUCUUAUCUCAAGUAAUGCUGUCUUUACUAAUGGGUAAUAUCGUUUAUAUGACUGGUACUGUUUUUGCGUAUUUAUUGUGUGCGGUUUUUUUAGCAAUUUUAUCGGGGAUUUUUGUAAUGAGGUUAAUAACUAUAAAAGGUGAAAUGCAAAAUAUUACUCAUUUAAUUCAUUCAAAUGAAAUUAUAUAA